GAUGUUAUUUUAGACAAAAUGGAAGGACAAGGGGACGGCCGGCACAAUGGUCCAAAUUGCUACCGAAUUCCGCUGCCGAUUGGGAACGGAGCGCGCAACACGGAAACCCUCGGCCUGAGGGUUUUCAUUUUAAAUCAGGAGAUCAUCUUUUCCAUCCACGCCAUGAUCAGGCCGCCCGAUAACGACUUUAACGACAACGACGGCAACACGGAAGACAACGACGAGGAGGAAAACAUCGAGGAUAACGACGACGACGAGGAACGUAUCGAAGACAGCGAAAACAUCGAGGACAUCGAUCAGGAGGAGAAUAUCGAGGAACACGAGCAGGAGAAUAUCGAAGACGAGGAGGAUGAGGAGACGGAGGAGAGCGACGGCGAUGCUGACGUGGAAGACAACGACGGCGACUUGGAGGACAACGGCCACGGGGUGCAUCCGGAAUACCACGCCGACAACCACAUCAACGACAUGCACCUCAACGACGAGAACGCCGUGCUCCUCUUCCGGAUCCGCGUCAGGCCGCUGCAACACGGCGACGUGUUUGACGACAUUUUCCUCGAGUUGCGUUUGGUCAACAACGACGACUUUGACGAGAUCGACAACAACGAAGAACACAACGGCGAAGCCAACGAGGAGAACGUCGACGACGAGCAGAAUAUCGACGAGGACGACGAAGACGGCUUCGAGAACGUCCACGAUAUCGACGACGAAGACGACGACCGGAGUAACGCCGACGGUUUCGACGACUGCGACAACAACUGUAAUAACGACGAAGGCUUCGAAGACCUCGAACACGACAACGAAAAUAUCGAAAGCUGCGCUAUCAUUGCCAACGUCGUCAACGAAGGGAGGGACAUUUCCAGUCCCGUCGUCUACCCGGAGUUGGACGAUCCUCUACCGGGACCGUCCAAGGAACGAUCCGUCGAGGACGACGACGAAACCAGCGGCGGCAAACAAUUCCAGUGGUGGGAUGAUUCCGACUCGGACAGUUUAUCGGACAACCUCCACGAAGAAGAGGACUACCUCCAAUCUUGCGCAAACAAGCAACAGUCAAGCGACGAUUUGGAUUCGCAGUACGACAGAAAGGGAAAGAAAACGUGUAAGAAAAACUUUCUAUCCAAAUCGGAAGAUGAGGACUUCCGUUCGAGUGACCCGGACGAGGAACUCCCACUUGAGCCGUCGAGGAAGAGGCCGCGAGGAGACGGAGGACUUUUAUCCGAAGCGGGAAGAAACCAGAAACGUUUUCGACACGGCGACGCCUCUGACAGCGACGCCUCUGACGCCGACUUAGACGACGGUCGACAAAAUUCUCGGCCUGCGUCGUCGGCCUCAAACCGGUCGAGAGACAAACGAGAGCAAGAAAUGAGAGACAGUGAGAAAUAAUUCACGGUAGGGAUGAUCGUCUCGAAAGCCAUCGUGGAGAAUUCCGCCCAUUACUUGAAGGCGCCUCGAGGAAGUUGAGG